UCCUUCCGUCCCCUCUCUCUCCUUCCCUCUCCCUUUCCCUCAUCCUCCCUUUCGCUCUCUUCCUUGUCCCUCCUCUCUCCGUUCCGCAGUGCGCGUGUGCGAGAGCUCGGGCGAGGUGCUGCUGAGCGAGGAGAAGACGCUGGCGACGGUGGUGCGCGAGGGCCAGCAGCCGCACAUCGGCUUCGCGCCGCAGCCGCACCUGCUGACGCUGUACUCCGUGUUCAGCGCCGUGACGGGGCUGCCCUCGGGCGCCUUCCUGCUGCACCACGACGCCAAGACGGAGGCCUUCAUCAAGCUCAUGAGGGCGGGCGACGUCGACAGAUCGGGUCACCUGCAAUCGUUCAACCUGCACUCCAGCUACGCCUUGGCCACGCCCACUACACGCCCGUACACCGUUCCGCCGUGGCUGGCCAUCGACACGCACCUCCUGACGCCGUUCCACUUCAAGCAUCACAAGAUCCCCGCUACUUUUCCCAUGGACAACCCUAAUAAAAAACUCACAUCAUCACAGAAGACAUUGAAAAACGAAAAAGCGAAAAAGAAAAAGAGACUUGCAGACCUGGAGAAAAUGACCAAAGGCGAAGAAGAGGACCAGAAUGAGAAAAGCUGAUAUUUAAACUCCUCAAUUAGAAAGCGUCAUGUUACUGCUUUCCCUUGAUUGGCAGAGUUACUCUUCACUGAUGAAACGGUGUUCGACUUGUAUAUAACAAAGCAUAAACAUUUCCACAUUUAAGUAUGUAUAUAUAACUAGAAAACUCUGUGAAAGAAUACUGUAUAUAUUUUCUAUUAUGAUUUAAAAAAAUGUUUCGACAAUAAAAACAAGUUUUAU